AUUUAAGAACAAGGUAUGGGGGAAGAUGGCUGAGCAGGUGACCAAGUUGGUGCUGUUCGUGUGUCUGGGUAACAUCUGUCGAUCACCCAUCGCAGAAGCAGUUUUCAGAAAACUUGUAACUGAUCAAAACAUUUCAGAUAAUUGGAGGAUAGACAGUGCAGCAACAUCCACGUAUGAACUAGGAAACCCUCCUGAUUAUCGGGGGCAGGCUUGCAUGAAGAAGCAUGGUAUCCGCAUGAGUCAUGUUGCCCGGCAGGUUACCAAAGAAGACUUUGCCACUUUUGAUUAUAUACUAUGUAUGGAUGAGAGCAAUCUGAGAGAUUUGAAUAGAAAAAGUAAUCAAGUUAAAAACUGCAGAGCGAAAAUCGAACUACUCGGGAGCUAUGAUCCACAAAAACAACUUAUCAUUGAAGAUCCCUAUUAUGGCAACGACGCGGACUUUGAGACCGUCUACCAGCAGCGCGUGCGGUGCUGCAGGCCUUCCUGGAGAAGGUCCGCUGACCAGGCCGUCCCGCUGUGGCCCAGGCUUGUCCCCCCAGGCCAUGUGUCAACUGUCAACAGUGUCCCUUCCGAGCCAAGGCCACAGCCCUCCCUUCAGCUUACUCGCUGUUUCUCACCUGACAAAAUAAUUGUAGAUGGAAAUCAGUCUUUGUGUUUAGCAAAAGAGUAAAUAAAAAAUCUUUGAUUCAGAUAGUUUAUGGGGUAAGAGUUCCUUAGACUUUGCCCCAGUUACAAACCUCCCACUUUGCCCCAGUUACAAAAACAGUGGAAAAGUGGAAAUAGUGGAGCAGCACAGUAGAACAUGAUGAAGUGAAUAAGACGUCCCUCCAGGAACCCGCACUACCUCUCCCUCCUGACGGGCCCCUGCCUGUACUACCUCUUGAUGCCAGGGCCUGGCAUCCAGCGACGCUGGUCGAGUGUCACGCGCUCACAGUGCCCACGCGUGUAUUUUCAAGAUAAGAUCGAGGGAGAUUUGUGGGAUUCACCUUUAGCACCUUCACUCCUUCUUAGUUUUUGUCUGUGUAGCUUAUUUCAUAAGGAAGUCAACUUAUUUGUUCCCAUUUGAACCCCUUUGCCUCUGGAAAUGUAAUUAUAUCCAGGAGAAGUGUGUGCUGGUUUAUCUUAUGGUCAGUUUGGGGACUGUGUCUGCUUCUACAUGCAUAUAAUUGCCUGAAUGCCAAUUAUAGAUCACCUUGUGUGGGAAAAA